AUGACGCGUCCGAACUUUCUGAUCAUUCAGGCCGAUCAACUCACAGCCAUGGUGCUCAAGUCGAGUGGUACCGGGCUGGCUAACACACCGAACUUUGACGCUCUUGCCGAAAAUGCAAUGGUUUUCAGUAAUGCCUAUUGCAAUUUUCCAUUGUGCGCACCUUCUCGGGUAGCAAUGUUGACGGGUUGCCUGUCGUCACGAUCCGCAGUGUAUGACAAUGCAUGCGCCCUGAAUAGCGAAGUGCCGACUUACGCCCACUACUUGCAGGCAGCGGGAUACCAUACCUGCCUGAGUGGAAAGAUGCACUAUGUGGGCCCGGAUCAACACCAUGGCUUUGAGCAAAGACUAACAACCGAUAUUUACCCCGCCGACUUUUACUGGACAGAAAACCGCGCCAACCGUGAUCCGAAACACAAGUCUGAUUCCCGUGGUGUCACGCUGUCCGGCAUUUGUGAUAACUCGGUGCAGCUCGAGUAUGACGACCUUGUGAUGACAGAGGCUCUGCAGAAGCUACACACACUUGGCAACAGCCCGCAAAAGCCAUGGUUGUUGCACGUGUCGCUAACCCACCCCCAUGACCCAUACUACUGCCGGGAAGAGCAUUGGAAUCGUUACCCAGCAGGCAGAAUACCGCUACCCAGCGUCGGUCGGAUCCCGGUCGCCGAUCAGGAUCUGUUCUCUCGCUUUAUCAAUGAACGUGCUGGUCUCAAUACAGACUUCAGUUCUGAAGAUAUUCUCCGGUCCCGUCAGGGCUAUCUCGGUUCAGUCAGCUACUUUGAUGAUCAGUUGGCAAAGCUGAUGGCCCAACUCCGCAGUGCUGGCAUGUAUGACAACACAGUGAUCAUCGUUACCAGCGACCAUGGGGAAAUGCUGGGAGAGCGGGGCAUGUGGUUCAAGCGGCAUCACUUUGAAUGGUCGUCGCGCGUCCCACUGGUGAUUUCAGCACCGGGAAGACUGGCCGCGGGUGAGUGGAACUCUCCUGUGUCCCAUGUUGACCUCCUGCCAACGUUACUGGAACUGGCAGCGGAAGACAAUACGAUCCCGAUUGUGGAAGCAAUCGACGGCGACACCCUGACCGACCCGUCCGCUGACAAUAUCGUGCUGGCAGAGAGCAUGAGCGACGGUAUCGAAAGCCCGGUUUAUAUGGUGCGACAGCAUCAAUACAAACUGAUCUGUAGUGACAUGCAGCCGGACAUGCUGUUUGAUCUGAAGGCUGAUCCGCAAGAGCUUAAGAACAUCGCUAAUGAGCAACAGCAGGUUUUAGAAAGACUGAAAUCUGUCGCCGCGCAGAAUUGGCACACCCCUUCAUUACAAAUGGAGAUCGACCAGAGCAUUGCACGCCGUCUGCUGGUGCGCAGCAGCCACCUUUGCGGCGAAGCACCGGUGUGGGAUUUCAUGCCAGAGCAUCCCCAAAAUAACAAAUGGUGUCGGUCCGGUUCCGAUUACACUGUGUGGUCGAGUUCAGUAACCAACCCGCGCCAGGCAACCGAAUAG